CCACAGCCGCUCGAUAUCCCGAGCCGUCGUUGGACAUUCUCCCCCCUCCAUUCCCACGCCGCUUCCCCUCCUCCGUCCAUCCAAUUUCCGGCGGAUAAUAUAUCUCAUCUGAUACUUCGCGGUUUGCUUUCCUGGGUCCCCUUCCGCUCACGCUCACGCAGACGAGACGAGGAGAGGAGAGGAGGGCAGUACUACUAGUGCCGGAGGCGGGGAGGGGAGCCAUCACCUGGCCUGUACGUGCCGCUGGCUAGCUAUUAUUGUUUCUUCCCCGCGCGGCAAUUCCUGGCCACCGCCGCGCCGUCCUAUAUUACCCCUGCGCGAGAGUGGGUGUUCCGUCCACGCUUGCAGCCGCGGUGGGGGUUUCUGUUUCGUGGUCUCAAUGGCGGGGCAGUGCACCCCUGGGGGCGCGGAGGAGCUGUGGCUCCCGGAUGAGUUCUUGGACGACGACUUCUUCACCGUGGAGGAGAAGGCGGCCGUGGCGGCGAAGAGCGAGAGUGAUGAGGAAGACGGGUUGGAUGGCCUCCUCGCUGGCGACGGUGGAAAGGGAACUGCUUCCAAGGUGGAGGUGAUGGCGGGGUCGCCGCAGUCGACGCUGUGCGGGCUGGCGGCUUCCGGGGAGGAUAGCCCCAACGGCGGAGCGUCGCAGGUCAGCUCGCCGCCGUCCUCGCCGCUGGAGCAGCCACCGACCGACCCUUGGGACCUGCUGUCCGAGGCUGCCGGGCAAGUUGCUCGCCUGCGCAUGGCCAGCAUCCCUGUGCCCCACAAGCCCCAUGCGGACACCGGCCAUGGCCAUUUUGUCCCACCUGCAAGGAAGCCCUUAGCGCCGUCUCAAGCCCAGAAGACCGCCGCCUUCCAGUACGCGCCCAACAGCAUGCUCACUCAACGCCAGGUUCAAGUCGCCCAUUUCCACCUCCUGAAGCAGAGGCAGCUAUUGAAGCAACAACGGGAGCAACAGCUCGCCGCGGCAGCAGCGGCGGCGUGGGGUACGCACCGCACCGGCGUCGGCAUGCUGCACGGUAUGAACUCGUCCGGCUGGCCACAGCUGCAGAAGCCCCAGCAGCAGGCCACGUCCGGAGCCGGCAUGCGCGCUGUGUUCCUCGCCCCUCCCGGCGGCAAACCGGAACGCACGGGUACCGGCGUGUUCAUCCCCCGCCAGGCCGGCGCCUCCGCCGAGCCAAAGAAAAAGCCAAGCUGCUCCACCGUCCUUCUGCCGGCGCGCGUCGUGCAGGCCCUCAACCUCAACGUCGACGAUCUCGGUGCCCGUCCUUGCUUCCCCGGUGGUUUCGUUCUCGACCACGAGGCUCUGGUCAGUCGGAGCAACGCCAUGCUAGCCAGCCAGAAGCGGGUGCAACACCACCUGCACGCGGCCGCCGCCGCCACAGCCGCCGCGCCGUUGACGACGGCGCUCGCCGCUGCACGCGAGGUGAAUCUUCCCCAGGAAUGGACGUACUGAACGUCGGAUCCACUCUGACGAUGCUCCGUUGGUCCGUUUUAACCCCAAGUUUAAUGGAUUAUAUUUAAGAGUUAUUACUGCUACUAUUAUUAGUGCUAGGUAGGUGUUAGGCUAGAAUUAGGAGGCAUUUGGCAGUAGCAUCAGCGUUAGGUGUUCUUUUGUAUGGUGAUAUAUUGGUUAUUUUGGAGGGUGGGUGAUGGAUGCAGAUCAACAAAUGAGAAAUACAUGGCUUUCGUAGGUUGUUCAUGGUUGACGGUGAUAUAUCUGGGAGAAAUAAUAAGUGUUAUUUUGAAGAAUUGAAUGGUAUGCUAGGCAUAGCUCCAGUAGGUUGAUGAUUGGGAAGAAAUCAUAAGAUGUUUCAAAUGUUGUAAGAAAGAAAUAAGAGCUUCGUAUUUCCUUAACUUUGCAUUGGCUUAUUGGGCUCUGCCUCAUCAGUCUCGGCUUGCCUCUGUCUAAAAUAUAUUGCUUCAAGAGUAAGGAACUGACAUGGA